CUCUAGUCAGCUGCCCACUUCCCUGUACCAGCUGUAUGCAUGAAGAUGGAACAAUAGUAUAGAACUCGCUUGGUUCUGUUCCUGUGUGACGUCACCGCGCGUGCCCCAGUUCAACAGCUCUCAUCUCAUCAUGCCUCAUGCUGCUCCCAUCAUAAGUGGUAUUCAGAAGCUUAUCCUCUAUGAGACUAGAGCGAGGUAUUUUCUUGUUGGAAGCAAUCAUGCGGAAACAAAGUACCGUGUUUUGAAAAUUGAUCGGACUGAACCAAAGGACUUGGUUAUUAUUGAUGAUAAGCAUGUAUAUACUCACCAAGAAGUACGAGAGCUUCUUGGUCGCCUUGACCUUGGAAAUCGUACAAAGAUGGGUCAGAAAGGCUCAUCGGGAUUAUCUCGAUCUGUUUCUGCCUUCGGUAUCGUAGGAUUCGUGCAGUUUUUAGAAGGCUAUUACAUCGUGCUGAUCACCAAGAGAAGAAAAAUGGCUGACAUUGGAGGACAUGCAAUAUACAAAAUAGAAGAUACUAACAUAAUCUAUAUUCCUAAUGACUCUGUACGUGUCACCCAUCCUGAUGAAGCCAGGUAUUUAAGAAUUUUUCAAAAUGUGGAUCUGUCCAGCAACUUCUACUUCAGCUACAGCUAUGAUCUAAGCCACUCGCUGCAAUACAAUCUUACCCUCUUGAGACUGCCUACUGAGAUGUUAAAGACUGAGACAGCAACACAGACUCGACAGGAAGGUUACGAUAUCUUUGAGGACGAGGAAUUGAGUAACCAUGGUGGCAGUGGUGUGUUUGGUAUAUGUAGCGAGCCAUACAUGAAAUACGUGUGGAAUGGUGAACUCCUGAAAUGCAUAAGGGAUAUUGUGCACCCUGAUUGGCUGCUUUAUAUCAUCCAUGGAUUUUGUGGGCAGUCAAAACUAUUAAUUUACGGUCGACCGGUGUACGUGACUCUGAUGGCCAGAAGAUCAAGCAGAUUUGCUGGAACACGUUUCCUGAAGAGAGGAGCAAAUUGUGAGGGAGAUGUCGCCAAUGAAGUAGAAACUGAGCAAAUAGUUCAUGAUGCCUCUGUGAUGUCAUUCACUGCUGGGAGUUAUUCCUCAUAUGUGCAAGUUCGGGGUUCUGUUCCUCUCUACUGGUCCCAAGAUAUCUCAACCAUGAUGCCAAAACCACCAAUCACAUUGGACCAAGCAGAUCCAUUUGCGCAUGCUGCUGCUUAUCACUUCGACCAAAUGCUUCAAAGGUUUGGAUCUCCCAUUAUAAUUCUGAAUCUGGUAAAGGAGCGUGAGAAGCGGAAACAUGAGCGGAUUCUGAGUGAUGAACUUGUCUCAGCUGUUACCUAUUUAAAUCAAUUUAUACCACCAGAACACUCCAUUGUUUAUAUUCCCUGGGAUAUGGCAAAGUACACAAAAAGCAAACUCUGUAAUGUUCUGGAUAGACUGAAUGUAAUUGCCGAAAGUGUUGUGAAGAAAACUGGUUUCUUUGUAAAUCGACCGGAUUCAUAUUGCAGUGUCAUACGGCCUGAUGAGAAGUGGAAUGAACUUGGAGGAGUUGUUGGGCCAUGUGGACGUUUACAGACUGGUGUCCUUCGAACAAACUGCGUUGACUGCUUGGACCGAACGAACACAGCACAAUUCAUGGUGGGAAAAUGUGCUCUGGCUUAUCAACUCUACUCCCUGGGACUGAUUGACAAACCUAAUUUACAGUUUGACACAGAUGCUGUUAGACUGUUUGAAGAAUUAUAUGAGGAUCAUGGCGAUACUUUGUCUCUUCAGUAUGGAGGCUCUCAGCUUGUCCACAGAGUCAAGACCUACAGGAAGAUUGCUCCCUGGACGCAACACUCUAAAGACAUCAUGCAGACCCUAUCUAGAUAUUAUAGUAAUGCUUUUUCAGAUGCAGACAGACAGGACGCCAUUAAUCUGUUCCUGGGUGUCUUCCAUCCUGUAGAAGGCAAACCUCAUCUUUGGGAACUACCCACCGACUUCUACCUGCAUCACAAGAACACAAUGAAGCUCCCUUAUGCAAAGAGAAGCUAUACAUUUUGGUGGACUCCUGGGGUACUGGAGCAUUUACCACUUCCUCUUGAUGAGGUGCCUCAUGCUGAAAACCGAAAAAAAAUGACCAUCCAAAAGUUCAACAGAUGUGACGAGGAGACCAACAUCUUCAACGAGUUCUUUCGACCUUAUGAACUGAGUGGUUUUGAUGACACUUUUUGCCUUGCAAUGACAAAUUCAUCAAGAGACUUUAUGCCAAAAAAUAUUGGCAUUGAUCCAAGCCCAUUUACAGUUCGGAAGCCAGAGGAAACUGGAAAGUCAGUUCUAGGCAACAAGGCAAACAGAGAUGAGACUAUAUUACAACGGAAAACUGCAGCAAGUGCGCCUCCUCCUCCGAGCGAGGAAGCUGUGUCUAGCAGUUCUGAAGAUGACUCUGGAACCGAUAAGGAGGAGGAAGGAGCAGUUUCCCAGCGCUCCACACCUGUAAAAAUGACAGAUGCUGGAGACAAUCCCAAAACAGCAGAGAUUUCUACCCAAUCUUCAAAGGACACGUAUGGGAUUAGUCUUUUGGAUGUUCCUUCAGAGACUGAUCUGCAGAUAUACACAAGGUUUGUUCAUUUGGGACUCUGCCAACACAGACAAAACAAGAUUAAUAUGAAAACAACAUCAAAGCCAUUGGACACAGUUUUGAAACUGAGCUGCAUCUCAGCUUUCUCUGAAGACAACAUAUAUGAAGUUCAGCCUCCCAAGGUGGACAGGAAGUCAAUGGAGAUAUUCAGUGCUCACAUCCAAGCUGGAAGAGGUUUUGUGCAGUCUUUGAGGAAAGAAGACAUGCUUAUGUACAGGGAGUACUUCCGAAACCGAUACAUGUAAAGAAAGAAAAGAA